AAAGAGAAUGAAAUCACAUCAGCUGACUUUAUAAAGCUUCAUCCAGAACAGAACUUUAAAUAAAAAUUCUAGCCUUCAGAAGUCACAGGUCUGAACAGUGUCACAUCGACUACAAGUGAUCUGCUAUGAGGUCUUCGAGAAAAUGGCUGCGGCUCCAGGCCACACAGGAGAGUGUAGGUUUCCCCCUGGUGACCAGUAUGUAACAGCGCACCCGGAAGACAGGACAGGGGCAGCUCCCGGGCCAGGCUCAGAGCGCAGCUUCCUCUUCCAGAGCAGCCUUUCCUUUGGCUGGCGGCAGAAGAUGCAGGCACCGGGGGAAGAGGAUGGAGAGCUGGCCGGGCAGAUGGUGGGAGAACCGGAAGAGCUGGACUACAAGGACAUGGACGGAGCGGGUGACUGUGACAUGGAUUAUGAGCGGGGGUUUGCCCGCUACAUCCCCUACAGGGAACGGAAAGAAUGGGCAGAUGUGACACCAGUUCCCCAGGAUGAUGGACCCAACCCCGUGGUGCAGAUCGUCUAUAGUGACAAGUUCCGCGAUGUAUAUGACUACUUUCGUGCUGUUCUACAUCGAGAUGAGAGAAGUGAAAGAGCUUUUAAACUGACAGGUGAUGCCAUUGAAUUGAAUGCUGCAAACUACACAGUUUGGCAUUACAGAAGAAUACUUUUACAAUCACUGAAGAAAGACCUACAAGAGGAAAUGAACUAUAUAACAGCAAUAAUUGAGGACCAGCCAAAAAAUUAUCAAGUCUGGCAUCACAGAAGAGUUCUGGUCGAGUUGCUGAAAGAUCCAUCAGAAGAACUUGAUUUUGUUGCAGAUAUCUUAAACCAGGACUCAAAAAACUAUCAUGCCUGGCAGCACAGGCAGUGGGUCAUUCAGGAAUUCAAUUUAUGGGAUGGUGAAUUGCAGUAUGUUGACCUGUUGUUAGCAAGAGAUCUCCGAAACAACUCUGCAUGGAACCAAAGAUACUUUAUUAUUUCUAAUACAUCUGGGUACAGCAAUCCUCAGAUCCUAGAAAGAGAAGUCCAGUAUGCUUUAGCCAUGGUCAAGGUUGCUCCUCAUAAUGAGAGUGCUUGGAACUAUUUGCGAGGAAUAUUACAAGACCGAGGCAUGUCAGAUUAUCCAAACCUGUUGGAUCAAAUCCAGACUUUGCAGCAAACACACAACUCCCCCUAUCUUUUGGCAUUUCUUAUAGAUUUAUAUGAUGACAUGUUAGAAAAGAAAUGUGACAAUAUUGAGGACAUCUUGAAACGAGCACUAGAGCUUUGUGAGAUCCAGGCAAAAGAAAAGGACACCAUUAGAAAAGAAUACUGGAGAUACAUUGGUCGGUCCCUACAGGCAAAAUAUGGCACAAACUCAACACCGAAAGAAGAGUGCAAUUCUGUUGAAAAUGAAAUGCAAUGAAAUAGAUUUGGUUAAUGUUUACUCCUGUAUUUAACAUAGUUUAAUAUUUUUACAAGUACAUAAAACUAGUGUCACCAGUUUGUCAUCUUAACUCUCUUACAUGUCACCUGUAACAUUAUGUUAAAGGCUGACAAAGUUCCAUUAACUGUCUGGGCUCCUUCAGCAGUACACGUUGCUCUAUGACCGUGUUUCCCAACCAGGGUGCCUCCAGCUGUUGCAAAACUACAUCUCCCAGCAUGCCCGGACAGCCUACGGCUGUCCGGGCAUGUUGGGAGUUGUAGUUUUGCAACAGCUGGAGGCACCCUGGUUGGGAAACAGUGCUCUAUGAGAAUAGUAUUUUGAUGUUUAUCCUUUACCAUCAGCUUUGCAGUGCACUGUGGCCUCAGGCUUCUAUAUCCCUCUGAAAAGCUGCCACAUAAGAGCCUAUAAUAUUUUAUAGUUAUUAUAUACUAUAUUAUGAUAUUACUAGUGAACUAGUGCAUGCAAAUAACAGGUACCUGAUCAAAAAAGUUUAAAAAAACAGGGUCACAAUUUUUGAUGAUCUGUGAUUUCCCCCCCCCCCCCCCCACACCCAUCUAACAGUUAUCACCGGUGAAUAGGUGACUGGUGAUUAUUUCUUUAAACCAGAAUUAAAUGGGUUUUCCAGAAAUAGAAAAACUGAGCUAAUUUCUUUCAAAAACAGCUCCACUUCUGUCCCCAGGUUUUGUGUGGAAUUACAACUUGGCUCCAUUCACUUCAAUGGAACUGAGCUGCAGAACCACACCCAACCUGGAGACAGACGGGAGUGGUUUUUUUAAAGAAAUUAGAUCAGAUUUUUCUAUUCCUGGACAACCCCUUUACGUUAAGGUAUUUUUUUUUUUAUUUUUUUUUUACUGUCAAGAGCACAUGAGCAUUGUCAUUAAGACUGGGGGGGAUUUAUCAUUUGCUUAGUUUCUUGUGCUAAGUCUGUAUGCUGCUAAAGCUAUCAGAAUGGUUUUCCCUGUAUGUAAUUUAUUUUAGCUGGAUGUCUCAUCCAUUUUAUGGCCUGUGCACUGAUAGUAUAUAAACCAUAUAAUAGUUAAAGGGGUACUCCGGUGUAGUUUAAAAAUAAAAAAAAAUUAUAGAUCACCUGGUGCCAGAAAAUUCUAUUAAAAAAUCUUAAUCCUUCCAGUACUUAUCAGCUGCUGUAUAAUACAGACGAAGUUCAUUUCUUUUUUAAUUUCUUUUCUGUCUGACCACAGUGCUCUCUGCUGACACCUCUGUCCAUUUUAGGAACUGUCCAGAGCAGGAGAGGUUUGCUAUGGGGAAUUGUUCCUGCUCCGGACAGUUCCUGACAUGGACAGAGGUGUCGGCAUAGAGCAAUGUGGACAGACUGGAAAGAAAUGAAAAAAGAAAUGAACUUCCUUUUGUAUUAUACAGCAGCUCAUGCUACUGAAAGGAUUAAGAUUUUUUAAUAAAAGUAAUUUACAAAUCUGUUUAACUUUCUGGCACCAGUUGAUUUAAAAAAAAAAUGUCUUCCACCGGAGUACCCCUUUUAAGCUUGAAAAUAACCCACCCCCUAUGUGGCCUCGGAAUGCGUUUUUUGUGGUAAAACUUGAAAGGGGUACUCCAGUGGAAAACUUUUUUUUAUUUUUUUUAUUUUAUUUUUUUUUUAAAUCAACUGGUGCCAGAAAGUGAAACAGAUUUGUAAAUUACU